AUGUCUCGCGCCGUGAUCAACGCUAACCGCAGGGAGCAGGAGCACUUUCACGAGCUGACGAAACAGCUAGAAGCGGAUAUUAUCGAGGCGGUGGCGCGAGUGGAUAGCCUAAUGGCGGAGGAGGCGGAGGCGCGGCGGCAGCGGCAGCACGAGGAGGAGUGCGAGCUGGUGCGGCGGCAGAUCGCCGCGCAGCCUGCGCGCGCGGUUUCAGAGGCGCGGAUCGCGGCGCUGGAGGCGGAGGUGGAGGCGCUAGAGGCGGAGAACGUGGGCGCGGGGAGGGUGGUGGAGCUGCGGCGGAAGCAGUUCGCGCUGCUGAUGCACACGACGGAGGAGCUACAAGGAGCAUUGGAGAAAGACCCUUCAAGAGAGUUGGCGGCAGUGGUGGCAGCAGGAGGGGGAGCAGGAGGAGGGAUGGAGGAGCUACAAGGAGCAUUGGAGGAGGACCCUUCAAGAGAGCUGGCAGCAGUUGUGGCGGCAGGAGGGGGAGGAGGAGGGGGGGGAGGGGUGCCGGUGGGUGCUGGUAGGCCGUCUGCUGCAGCAGGGGUUGAGGGGGACAGAGCAGCAACCCCGCCACCACCCACUCAAGUAGAUGCCUCGGGUGCUUCCCCCAUGACAGUUGACUCGUGA